AAACUGUACUCGCCUGCAGAUAGCCUACGUGAUAUUUAAAUGUGUGGGUUAAUUUUUCAUCCAAUUUUACAAUUAUUUUUUCUCCGUCUAGUUCUUUGCUAUCCAUUUCUGUUUGAAGCUUGUAGGCACGGGAAUCUCUGCAGGCAGAGCAUCUAGAGCACAUCUCUGGACAAACUCCUAAGAGUAGUUGAAUUCACAGCAUCUGGAGUCCUGCUCCUUUUCUGAAAUGGCAGGUGUGAGUGGCUGUCUAAAAUAUUCUAUGUUUAUCUUCAACUUCUUGUUCUGGCUAUGUGGUACCUUAAUCCUGGGAAUAGCAAUAUGGAUACGAGUAAGCAAAGAUGGUAACGAGGUUUUCAGUGCUGGAAAUUCUGAUGUCAACCCCUUUAUUGCUACAAAUAUCCUGAUUGCUGUGGGUGCCAUUAUCAUGAUCCUGGGGUUCCUGGGAUGCUGUGGUGCCGUGAAAGAAAGCCGUUGCAUGCUUCUCUUGUUCUUCAUAGGCUUGCUUCUCAUCCUGCUCCUGCAGGUGGCUGCAGGCAUCCUAGGAGCUACUUCCAAGUCUGAGACUAAACGCAUUCUGAAUGAAACUCUCUAUGAAAAUGUAAAGGUUUUGAUGGAAACAGGAGAUAGUGGAAAAAAAUUCCGGGAAGCCAUGACUACAUUUCAAAAAAAGUUUGAAUGCUGUGGUUUGGUUAAUGGAGCUGCAGAUUGGGGAAGUAAUUUUGACUCAAUCUACGAGUCUUGUGCCUGUGUUAAUUCAUCAAGGAAUUGUAUAUCAUAUAAAUCAAAAUAUGUUUAUAAGGAGACAUGCAUUUCUUUGAUAAAAGAGUCGGUUGAAAAACACAUUUUCAUAGUUAUUGGAAUCGCGUUUGGGCUGGCAGUUAUUGAGAUACUUGGCUUGGUGUUUUCUAUGGUCCUGUAUUGCCAGAUCGGGAACAAAUGAACCUGUGGAUGCCAGAAGCCUUAACCUGUCAACCCCUUUAACAUUUUUCUUUGGCUUUGUGAUUAAAUUGAGUGAUACGUGUAUCAGAAGCAGGUUUCUUACUAAAAUGUCUUAUUUUGCUAGACUACAAAUAUCUUCUACACACACUGAACAUAUUUAAGAUUUGAAGUACAUAAAGAAAAUUAUAUUGUAUAUUUUUACUCAAAGUAAAAAUAGCAUUGUUUACAUUAGUUUUUUUUUUGUGCUUGAUUCUUUGCUUAAAAUGCUCAUCUGGAGCCACCCAGUGGAAUAAUCCUCCCUUCAAAGUGACAGAGCUCUGCUAAGGCGGGACAUCUGAGAUGUUCAGAAACAAGGCUCUGAUGAAGUGAAGUAACCAUUGGUGAUAAGACUGAAUUAAUUUUCAAGUUGAACUAAUUGAGAGUGGCCCAGCUAAAAGAGUCACCAUCUUUUUUCUAUUUUGUGUCACUGAUUGCUGAUACUCUCUUUUUUAUUGCCUGCCCACUGUGGGGACAAGAUCUGGGUGCCCAUUUCUCUGUCAUUGAGGCUCUAGUACCUCUCUGGACCUCUCUGUAAGACACAGUAGGGAUAACUGCUCUUUUAUGCUAGUUCUGGGGAAUAUCUUACUAUUUUACUUGUUAUUAGAACACAAUAUUCAGACAGUAAAAAAAACUUAUCUGUAUAGCUCUGUGGUUGUGUGUACACGUGUGUAAGCACAACCUAGAACAAAAUGCAAAGCAUGUCUGGCAUACCAGACUGAAGGAGGCUUCAUGCCAUCUUGCAAGGGUGUAUUGGAACUGGCCCAGUCCAACCUGCCUGAGCAGACUGCACACAUGUACAUAUCCUUCUGUGUCUAUAUUCAAUGAUAUUGCUUUGGAAGGGUGUGGCUAAACACGGUGGGAAUAUUUGCACCAUGGAUACUUGUAAAAUCAGGGCAACUUGUUGAUACUGCUUUUUUAUAUUUGAGAGCUGGUUGGUAUAUGUACCAAUAUAUUCACCUUCUCAGUAAAUAUUUCCCUAAAAGAUUUCUAUGACUAUACAGUCUUCAUUUUUGCUUGGUCUUAAACUUUUCUAAAUGGAACAAGUAUGCACUCUGGUUUUUUGACUCUGCAUUUUGUCACUGAAAUUCACCUACAUUGCAUGUUGCUGUAGUUCGUUCUCAUUGCUGUGUAAUAUUCCAUUGUAUAUGAAUAUAUUACAAAGUAUCCAUUUUUCUCUUGAUAGGCAUGUGCUUGCAUUAUUAUCAAUAAACUUCCACGAAUAUUUUUA